GAUUUCAGAAUCUUAGCAUAUCAGGCGAAUGAAAAAGUAGUCCUCAAACCCUAACAACCAAAUGCACUUGAUUUUCUUGCUUUCGUAUCUUUGCUACCCCCAAAAAAGAUAGCAUACACAAUGAUGAAUCCUGUCCACUAGUUUCAAUUUGCUAGCUGAUUAUUCUCUUCCACUUUAACUAAUAAGCCAGAUAUAUGAUCACCAGAUCUUGUAUAUGAUCCUCUGAAGCAGUGAUCUUUGUACAAGUCAAAUGGGAAAUGGCAAGGAGAAAUAGUGGCAAACACUUGCUUGUUGGGGAGAAAGAAGAUUAUAAUAAGCUUGCCAUGGAUGAUGAAAACAAGAAGUGGAUGCAUAAGGAAACUGAAAGACAAAGAAGGCAAGAGAUGGGAAAUCUCUGCACCACCCUUAGAUCGCUUCUUCCUUUAGAAUAUAUUAAGGGAAAACGCUCAACCUCUGAUCAUGUGAAUGAGGCUAUGAAUUAUAUCAACCACCUACAAAGUAAGGUGAAGCAAUUGCAAGCAAAGAGGGAUGAGUUAGUGAAGGUGUCUAAUUUGAUGAGUAAUAUUUGUCCUGAGAAUAUUGAAAGCUCUAGUACUAUUCAUCUUCCACCCUUGGUUUCUAUUCAUCCUUUCCCCGGAGGACUUGAGAUUAUGUGCAGUUACAGCUUUGGGAAAAGUUUGUUUCCCAUGUCAAGAGUGUUGGACAUUCUGCUUAAAGAAGGGCUUAACGUGGUUAGCACUACUUCAAUCAGAAGAGAUGGCAGAUUCAUACACACUAUACGAUCAGAGUAUCCAAUUCAUUCGAAUAUGGCUGGCACUGAUUACACUGAAUUGCAAAUGAAGCUUAUGGAGAUAAUAUCAUCUUCAACUAUCAGAUGCACGGAUUGAUGAAGAGUAGCCCUGGCGGUGGAAGUAGCUAAUUAAGCGUAGUAUCUAUGGAGGAGAAGAAAGCAUAUUCCAAGUUUGGGUUACAAGAAUGGAGAAGAAUAAAAUGACAAAAAUGAUAGCGACUAAAGGAUAAUUACUUCCUGUUCAUGAAAAUGGUAUGUGGAUAUUAUAUUUGUGAAGGUAAAUUUAACAUCAAACUAAAGUUAUAAACUAUUCAUAAGGAGUAUCUUCUUUAAUGUUUUGGAACAAGACAAAGUGUAAUUGACUUUUAAUCCUGACCCUA